AGCUAUCGGGUGGUAACGCUGCAUUGUUUAUUCAACCUAAUGGCAAGUGAUUAACUUAGCCACAACAUUAUUGCGUUUUUCUGUUUAUUUAGUUUUUGUAGUAGUUUUUUGCACUUCUUAAAUAUGAGCAAAGCCGAGCCAGCUGCGGAGUUAUAUGCGCCAGAAACUGUUCUGAAAACAGACGAUGAAGUGGCCGAGGCUACGGCGUCCGGAAGAAGCAGGUUAUCCGCCGGAGAGGAACAGCCGGAGGCCAAGAGGAAGCCGGACACGCCGGAGGACGAGCUCAUCUCGCUGGAAACGUUGCGCGCUUCACCUGUCCAGUGGCCGGAGCGAUUUCCUGGAAUGGAUGAGUUCCUCACCAUGAGCGAUACGCCCAUCUAUACGCGCACCACGGACUACUCUAACAACCUGACCAGCGAGGACAUGGCCAAGAUCAAUCAACUAUCGCAGCUCAGACCCGAGGAGCUGAUCGAGAAGAUAAAGUCGAUGCAUGACGAGAUUUAUCAGUUGGGACUCCGCGAGGCCAAAGAGAUGACCCGCGGGAAGCUGCUGGGCAUCUUCGAUCGGGAACGCAUGCCCAAGCGGCAGCAAUGAGCCAGGAUCACCUGAUCUCCCAGUGCAAUGGGACUGUCGAGGAGGUCGCCGAAGUGUAAUUAAGAGUUUAGCCAUAGCUUAAUUGUAUAUAAAGAUAUUUUUUGAAGUAAGUAUUGCGCGCAUAGAGGAUUUAUCACAAUUUUACAGAGAUAAAUAGUCGUUUGAACAGUAACUAACGUUUAUUUCCAUUAAAGCAUUUUGGGUCCUACGUUGACAGUACAUUGGUUUUGUAUUACAGAUACAUUUGAGGAGUCGGAGCGGAGGAGAGAUGAAGUUGGAAUGCGAGUGAAGCUGUGUGGCGCAAAAGGAGGACGAGGAGUGGUGGAGAAGGCACCGUAGAUAUCGCUAUGCAGGGACUUCAACGCAACAAAUAACUCUGUCUAUGUGGAAGGGGAUGGAUCGGCAUCUUGUUUGUUGUUAAAAGAGUAAUCCAAGAACUAAUUAUGUCAGUUUAUACUCUGUUCAUGCAAUGCCUAAUUUUUAAGCAUAUUUAGUUACAUUGUAGAGUUGGAUCUAGAGCAUUUUUUGCAAGUUUAAAAUUUAUCGGCUUCUUGUUCGUUGUUAAAAGAGUAAUCCAAAAAACUAAUUAUGUCAGUUUAUACUCUGUUCAUGCAAUGCAUAAUUUUUAAGCAUAUUUAGUUACAUUGUAGACUCGUAACGACAGUAUAUUUUUAAGUUUAAAGAUAAUUCUUUUUUUUAAAUAAUAUGAAAGGGAAUACUUCGGCUUGAAUGUCUUUUUUUGCAAUUACCUCAUACAAAUAUUUAUAAUAACUAAAUACCUUGUACCUCUGUCUUAAGAAUUGUAAAAUAUAUAUGUUAGUAAAUCAAAUGCAUGUAAAAAAAAACGAUGGUAAUUAGCUCAAUAUAUAUAUGUUUUACCCUC